AUGCCCCCAAGUCCCAGUCCCACUCGUCGUCGGGACCCGAAAUCUCGGACGCUUUACCUCCAACUCCACUGGGAGGGCCAAGUGGAUAUGCAGAAAUUGCUGGACAUGUUUCCUAGUGUCCAGCCCAACAGGGGCGCUGAGGCCGACAUGAACGUGGAGGCGAUGGACUUUUCGUCGGCUCUCGACGUAGAGCUUGGCGGCUGGGACCUGGACGCCUCGCUGGAUACACGGCUGGCUCAAGAAGUCGGCGUGUUCUAG